GAGAUAAUCCGUCUCAUCCAUCAGUGAACGGUCCAGAGAAAAGGGUUUAUCUAUUUGUCAGUAGAUAUCUUUGUCAUCUACUUCUUCGGACUUUAUAGCAUUAAAAAUAUCAUCUUUAUCUGCAUUUCUAUUAGGGUUUUGAUGGCCAAAGCGAAGGUUUAGUAGAGUGUGUUUCGCAAUUUGUUUCAAUAAAAACCCUAGGAAUCAAAUCGGAUGGGGGCAUAUCCGUGACAUUUGCCCAUAAAUAUCUUUACUUCCACCACUUAAAAUAUCUCCCUCAUCUGCUUCGCCUACAAAACCUUAUCUUCAAUUCAGUUGAAGCGAAAGAAGUCAUAACAAAUCGGCUAUGGCUUCUACUGUUGCUACUUCUCUGGUUCUUCCAUCUCUAAACCCUAAUGCGAUAUCUUCUGGGAAUUCUAAAUUCACUUCUAUUUCCUUAUUCUAUCAUUCUUCAUUUAAGCCAAUCUCGGCUUCUGCUUCUUUUUCUUGCUCCUUGACUCCGUUUGCCUGUCAACCUCUGUCAUCUCGUUUUGUGGCUAAGGUUGCCAUUUCUUCGGAGCUUGGGGAGGAAGAUACCUACGGGGAGGAAGAAGAUAGGGCUAGCUUUGCUCCUGACCUUAAACUUUUUGUGGGUAACCUUCCUUUUAAUGUUCAAAGCUCCGACCUCGCGGAUCUGUUCGGGAACGCUGGAACUGUUGAGAUGGUCGAGGUGAUUUAUGACAAGAAUACUGGGAGAAGCAGGGGAUUUGGUUUUGUCACUAUGUCAAGUCCUGAAGAGGCUGAGGCAGCCGCUCAGCAGUUCAAUGGCUAUGAAUUGGAGGGGAGGGCAUUGAGAGUGAAUGCUGGACCUCCUCCACCAAAGGAAUCUUCUUCUUUCAGAGGGUCCAGAUUUGGUGGAGGUGGUGCAUCUUAUGGUGGAGGUGGUGGAUCUUAUGGUGGAGGUGGUGCAUCUUCUGGUGCAGGCAAUCGUCUCUAUGUUGGUAACCUUCCCUGGAAUUUUGAUGAUUCAGCUCUUCAGAACCUAUUCAGUGAGCAGGGAAAGGUUGUGGAAGCCAAGGUUGUGUAUGAUAGGGAUAGUGGUAGAUCUCGGGGUUUUGGAUUUGUUACCUAUUCUUCUUCUGAAGAGGUUAACAAUGCCAUUGAGUCCUUGGAUGGCGCUGAGUUCUCAGGCAGAUCAAUUAGAGUCUCUGUGGCGGAAUCUAAACCUAGACGUCAAUUUUGACUGAUGGAUUUCUGAUAGCAUCCCCUAAGAGAACUAUGGGAGCUGGGAGAUGCAGCUACGAUUAAUUUUGCUGCUCAAGGAAGAUUUGUAGAACAUGCCCCUUUCUUUUUUAUGGUAGCUGCAUCUUGGGCUUAGGGGCCGAUGGUGUCUCUAAUCAUGCGUUUGCCUUUCGAUCAACGAGAGCUGAUAGUUUGUGUUUUACCUAUCUUGAUGUUGAUUCUGAAUACCAGAUUCCAGUUAACAGUUAUAUCCAUUGUCUAAAUUCGAAUUAUAAAUGACUGAAUUGGCUUUUGAUAUUUGUUGUGAUA